CAACGACGACGAACCAUGCCUGCUCCACUCUGCCUCGUGCGGUCGAGCAUCAACAUCGACGAGACGUUUGGCGUGCCGCACAUUGUGCGUCCCGGCGAGACGAUCUCGUCGUCGUCGCUGCAGUCGCGGCCCGGCGGCAAGGGCGCCAACGUCAGUGCGGCUGUUGGCCUGGCAGGCCAGGCUGUCGUCAUGAGCGGUGCUGUGGGCCUCGAUGCGCCCUGGCCCUGCGACGAGCUCGAGAAGCGGAACGUCGAUGUGUCAGCUGUGAGCAGGCUCGAGGGCGUCCCCACGGGCCGGGCGUUCAUCCAGAUUGCCGAGGAUGGCGAGAACAGCAUCGUGCUACUGAAGGGAGCCAAUUUCCACGCCGAUGAAGAGGCCGACGACCCCGCGCGUGUCUUUGCCAAGGCGCCGCGGCCGCCGACACACCUCAUCGUGCAGAACGAGAUCCCUCUGCCGACGACGCAGCGCUUCCUCGCACACGCCAGGCGUGCGGGGACAACGACGAUCUUCAAUCCGUCGCCGAUGCCGACGAGGGAGGAAUUGACGGCGUUUGCGUGGAGCGAUGUCGACGUGCUCAUCGUCAACGAGGGCGAGGCAAGGGACCUCGUCGCUGCGCUCUCGUCCUCGUCAAGCGGAGAGCCAGGAAAUGUCCUCGACGCACUCGAGCCCCUCAUCGACUCGCGCUGGCUCAUCAUGACAAAGGGCGCCCAGGGCGUCUCUGCGCGGGUCCGUUGCUCCUCCUCCGCGUCCUCAAACCAGGCACGGACGCGGUUCGAGGUGCCGCCCGCGAAGCCGCGACAGGUCGUCGACACCACAGGCGCAGGUGAUACCUUUGCCGGAAAUGUCGUCGCAGCCAUGAUGACGCGGUCCGCCUCGGCCGACGUCGACGAGCAGGGCGCACGGCAGAUUCUCGAGUGGGCCGUCAUCGCCGCAGCGAUGGCCGUGGAGAAGCAGGGGGCCAUGGAGAGCAUCCCGAAGCACGAGGAUGUGCUGGCGCGGCAGCAGGCGUAGCUACAUGGUUCUUCAAUAGAUCUUAAUUCUCUGUCACAAUUACCCUCUGCCGCUGCUUGAAUGUCUUCUGCCAUAAACUUGUGCAUCU